AUGAACGAUCUACAGAGCAGUAGAUCAAGAUUGACAUCCUCUGUUCUUCCUCAUCCACUCAAGAACAAAUUGCCCAUUUCCCAUUUUUCCCCAAAUUCAAUCAAAAAGCCCUUUAUCUCAUCGUCAGUUUCAGCUAUUCUCACCAAAGAACAUCAAGAAGAGGGUAAAGGUAAAACAACCCAGACUUUUUCACCUUCUUCUAUAUUCAAUUUCAAGGCCUAUAUGCUCAAAAAGGCUAGUUCUGUGAACAAGGCCUUGGAAGAAGCAGUUUUGUUGCAAGAGCCUUUAAAGAUUCAUGAAUCAAUGAGGUACUCCAUUCUUGCUGGUGGCAAAAAGGUUAGGCCUAUGCUCUGUAUUGCAGCCUGUGAGCUUGUGGGUGGGGAAGAAUCCACUUCAAUGCCUGCAGCUUGUGCUGUUGAAAUGAUCCACACCAUGUCUUUGAUGCAUGAUGAUCUCCCCUUUAUGGAUAAUGAUGAUUUGCGGCGCGGAAAGCCGACGAAUCACAAGGUUUUUGGUGAGGAUGUGGCUGUUUUGGCUGGUGAUGCCCUUCUUGCAUAUGCAUUUGAGCAUAUGGCAGUUGCCACAAAAGGGGUGCCUAGUGAAAGGAUUGUGAGGGUGAUUGGUGAAUUGGCUAAGUGUAUUGGCUCUGAAGGAUUGGUUGCAGGCCAGGUUGUUGAUAUAUGUUCCGAAGGAAAUGCCGACGUGGGAUUAGACCAUUUGGAGUUCAUUCACAUACACAAAACUGCUGCUUUAUUGGAGGGAUCAGUUGUUUUGGGNUGGACCGAAGGAAAUGCCGACGUGGGAUUAGACCAUUUGGAGUUCAUGCACAUACACAAAACUGCUUCUUUAUUGGAGGGAUCAGUUGUGUUGGGGGCUAUUUUGGGUGGUGCAAAUGAUCAAGAAGUUGCAAAAUUAAGGAAAUUUGCUAGGUGUAUUGGGCUGUUAUUUCAAGUGGUGGAUGAUAUUCUUGAUGUCACAAAAUCUUCUGAAGAAUUGGGGAAAACUGCAGGCAAAGAUUGGUUGGCUGAUAAAACUACUUAUCCAAAGCUGAUCGGAAUCGAUAAAUCGAGAGAAUUUGCUGAGAAAUUGAAUAGGGAAGCUCAAGAACAGCUUGCUGAAUUUGAUCCUGAAAAGGCUGCUCCAUUGAUUGCUUUGGCAAAUUACAUUGCUUAUAGGGAUAAUUGA